UUGAAGUGGUAGAGCAGAGGAAGCACAGAGCUAUGUAACACAUCUCAGGCUGCUCUGCAUAACUCAGCAUCUACCAGGGUGACCCUUUUAGCCCUUACUUGAGAUCUCUCUCUCUCUCUUUUACCCGCUGUUCCUUUAAUUAACUCUCAGCACCUUAUUUUCUCCCUGCUUGCCCUUUACUAUAUUCUCAUCAUUCCUCUAUUUUCACCCCUUUUUUCUGAUUUUUUUUUUCCUCCCCUUUUCUCCAGCUCACAUUUUCCUGUGCCUCUGGUUGCACUAUAAUAGCAGGGACAUUUGCAGGCAGUUAUAAAGGGAAAAAAAGCAACUUUUCAGUGACAUAUUGCAGGAUAACAGCAUUGCAAACCUAUUGGAUGUUCCCUUAUACUACCCCGGAUAAUACCCCUGAGCUGGAACGGAGGAUUGAAGAGUAAGAGGAGUACCUGUCUUCUAACUGGAUAUGUUUUACCUACGGGAGAUGCCUCAUCUGUUCCUUCUUGUGUCAUUUUUUCCCAUGCUCCCUCACUCCACAUCUUCUCCUUUCUCUGGGCAGCAGCAACCGCACUCUAUUCCAGACCCCUGCUAUGAUGAGCAUGGCCUUCCCCGACGCUGUGUGCCAGAAUUUGUCAAUGCAGCAUUUAACAAAGAAGUCCAAUCCUCCAGUACCUGUGGACGUCCGGCAACUCGCCACUGUGAUGCUACAGAUCCUCGGAAAUCACACCCAGCCUCUUACCUCACUGACCUUAACACGGCUGGGAACAUGACCUGCUGGAGAUCGGAGACCUUCCCUCGUCACUCUUCUACGAACGUCAGUCUCACCCUCUCGUUGGGAAAGAAAUUUGAGGUAACCUAUGUCAGCCUUCAGUUCUGCUCUCCCCGUCCUGAAUCUGUGGCCAUUUUCAAGUCCAUGGAUUAUGGGAAAAGCUGGGUCCCAUAUCAGUAUUACUCAUCACAGUGUCGUAAAGUGUAUGGCAGAACUAGCCGUGCAAGUGUUACCAAACAAAAUGAGCAAGAGGCUUUGUGCACAGAUGGACAAACAGAACUUUAUCCUCUGACUGGUGGACUAAUAGCCUUCAGUACAUUAGAUGGACGACCUUCUUCCCAAGACCUUGACAACAGCCCUGUUCUGCAGGACUGGCUGACUGCCACAGAUAUUCGUGUGUUUUUUAGCCGUCCUCACCUUCUGGGAAACAAGGACUCUGAGGCAAGAGAUGAAGGCCCAGGUUUCUACUACUCAGUGGGAGAGUUCCAAGUUGGGGGCAGGUGCAAAUGCAAUGGGCAUGCAUCCCGCUGUGGCAAGGAUAAGGAGGGUCGCUUGAUCUGUGAUUGUAAACACAACACAGAGGGCCCAGAGUGUGAUCGCUGUAAACCCUUUCAUUAUGACCGUCCAUGGCAGAGAGCCACUGCACGAGAGGCCAAUGAAUGUAUGGCCUGCACCUGCAAUCUGCAUGCCCGGCGCUGCCGCUUCAACAUGGAACUCUACAAGUUAUCCGGGAGGAAGAGCGGAGGCGUCUGCUUGAACUGUCGCCAUAACACAGCCGGGCGCCACUGCCAUUACUGCAAAGAGGGCUUCUAUAGAGAUGUUAGCCGGGCCAUCACUGACCGCAGGGUUUGCAAAGCCUGUGACUGCCAUCCUGUGGGAGCAGCAGGAAAGACCUGCAACCAGACCACUGGUCAGUGCCCUUGUAAAGAUGGAGUAACGGGCCUAACAUGCAAUAGAUGCUCCAAGGGAUACCAGCAGAGCCGUUCUCCUAUUGCUCCCUGUAUCAAAAUCCCAGCCAUGGUCCCUACCCCUGCUCUCACUAGCACAGAGGAGCCAGCUGAUUGUGAGCAGUACUGUAAGCCUCCCAAGGGAAACUACAAGAUCAAUUUGAAGAAAUACUGCAAGAAAGAUUUUGUGGUCCAGGUGAAUGUGCUGGAGAUGGAGAUGGUUGGUUCAUGGGCGAAGUUCACGGUCAACAUAUUGUCUGUCUACAAGUGCCGAGAUGACAGAAUAAAACGGGGGGACAACUUCCUAUGGAUUCAUAUGAAAGACCUGUCCUGCAAGUGUCCCAAAAUCAUGCUGAGCCGCCGAUACCUAGUGAUGGGCAGCAGCGAAGGGCCUGGCGAGAGACCAGGACUCACAGCCGACAAGAACAGCAUGGUUAUCCAGUGGAGGGAUGCUUGGACCAGGCGGCUUAGGAAACUUCAACGAAAGGAAAAGAAAGGCAAAUGUCUCAAAGCAUGAAAAAAGACUUAUGUUAAAGACAUUCAGAACUCUGUAUAUAUAUAUAUAAGUCAUUGCUCUUGGGAUUGUGGACUUUCUAAUACCACCCAAUUUUAGAGGUGUUAUAAUAACCAUGGUGCUGAGAUUGCAGCCCAGACGAGAUCCACACAUGUGGAAUGAGGCUUCUUCUUGAAGGAUUAUGACUCCUGUAAUCUCACCCAUUGAAUGUAGAGUGAGAUCAUUGCAGUUCCUACUUUCCAGUUUUCAUUUAUUGCAGAACCACUCCAGACCCUACAUUGCUGAACAUGAACAGCUUCCAUAGCCUGCAAUAACAGCUCAAGAAUGUCUUGGGUUGAAUUCUGUUUUUCUGGAGUUACCAAGGCUAGAGUGCUAUAUUCUUAGGCACUGAUAACAGGAAUUUGCGAGACUUGGCGGUCUGCAGCUCUCUUGAUAAACAUUUAUUGGAAAUUUUACAUGAAAUGUGAAUAGAGCAUAACGGGAAGGGCCAAGCGUUAGCCAUGUUCUCUCAGACAAUGAUUUUUGCCAGAAGGUCUCUUCUGUUCUGCCUUAAAGGGCAAUAUUUACAUGACUUUACCGGUGGAUUCCUAGUGAAACAGAAAAUAAUAUGACGUAGCUUUACACAUAAGGCUAUGUGUAAGGCUAAGGCUAACCCGGUGCCAUUUUUAGUUGAGCUCAGUACAAAAGCUGUUCCUGUGUUAUUCCAUCUUAAAAAUACAUCUGGACACUUGACGCCCAAAAUUUUCUGUUCUUUAUGUGAUCACACACAGACUGCCACGGGCGUCCGAUGAGUUGUGCUGGCCCUUCGGCCCAACGAUGCAAUUUGUUUUCCCUAGUUAUGAAGACCUGCAGAGUACUGUAUAGCAAUUGGAAUCUCUGCCAAAGAACACAGCGUUUGAUGACUCUUUCCCCAGAGUUACGAAUAAAAGGACCAUAGGAGGGAAACGGUGUAUAUUUGUUCAGAUAUGCGAAAUAGCGUGAGAAUGUACAUUUUUGGUGUUUUACCUGCUUCAGUAAAGACUGUCCUUAGCGGCGGUGCUCUGUAGUGCAAGUUUAGGCCGCAGAAGGAGAGACUAACAUUAUUUGUGGUUUGUGUAGUAUUUUUUGUAUUAAGUAGCCUUGGAACAUGGAAGGGCUGUAUGUCUGGUUUGUAAAAUAUCUACACUUAUGCCCUCUUCAGUUCCCUAUCAAUGUCACCUGAAAUACACACACAGGUCCAGAAUGGGGUGAUGAUGCUCAAUAUGACAUCAGUACCAUCUCUAGGUCCCAUGUGAUACUGGCAUAUAACAUACCACCCAGCAUUUGAAUACUAAAAAGAGGAACAAUUUAGUCCAUAUCCCUGCUCCUCCUCACCAUGCCCUCAAACCACCUGGAGCCCUGACACUUUCCAGAAAGGCUUCUUUUUUUCUGAGCUCUGCCAUUUGAUACAACACCUUCUAAAUCAGAAUCACUGAGAUGUAUGACAUAAACACAUGGGGUAACCACAGGAAGCAUUAAGGGGGGGGGGGCAGGCAGAGGAGUUUCUUACUGGAGCCCCUCUUUUUGUGGAGUUUGUUCCCCUUAGUGACACUGUCAGUUGUUCAGGAUGUUUUAAUUGUAUAGGUCUUUUGGGAGACCAGCGUCAGACUGGAGUUUACAGAGUCAAAUUCUGUCACACUACGUCACCCUGCCCCCUGCUGCCAAUCUGGCCACCCCUCCACUGCAUACUACAAUGCAAUGCCCACCAAAAGAUUCAGGGUGGUCGGGCCCAACAGGACCUAUUGGGUUUGUUGGUGGGCCACUCCGGCUCUGCAAAAGAAAGUUGCCCCACUCAAACUCUAUCAGGGGAAUGUAAUAAAAUUUGCAAAGAGCAAAACAAUUUGCACCAAUAAGACUAAAAAUCCACAUCUCGCAAUGUAAUAUUGUUCCUUAAACUGUUAUUGCAU